AUGGCACUGCAGUGCACCAAGUCCGCGGGACACUGGAGGGUGGUGGUGUGGGAUGAAGAGGGCUUCCAGGGCCGGUGGUACAAGUUUACAGCUGAGUGCCCCAGUGUGCUGGAUCUGGGCUUCAAGACCGUGAGAUCUUUGAAAGUGCUGAGUGGAGCGUGGGUGGGCUUCGAGCACACCGGCUUCCAAGGGCAGCAGUACGUGCUGGAGAGGGGUGACUACCCGUGCUGGGAUGCCUGGAGCGGGAACACGGCCUAUCCCACAGAGAGGCUUACCUCCUUCCGCCCUGUGGCCUGCAGGAAUCACCGAGACUCCAGGCUGACCAUCUUUGAGCAGGAGAACUUUCUGGGCAGGAAAGGAAAGCUGAGUGAUGACUACCCGUCCCUGCAGGCCAUGGGCUCCUUCCAUGUCCACACUGGGGCCUGGGUGUGCUCCCAGUUCCCUGGCUACCGAGGUUUUCAGUAUGUGCUGGAGAGUGAUCACCACUCGGGUGACUACAAGCGCUUCUGGGAGUGGGGAUCUCACGCCCAGACCUUCCAGGUGCAGAGCGUGUGCAGAAUCCAGCAGUGA